AUUUUUUUAAUUCCAGUUAUUCCGAUUCCGCUCAAAUAUGCCUGUUUAGUCAUCAUUGAGAUUAAAAACUCAGUAAACUCGUUUUUACAGUGUUAAACAGUUUUAUUCUUUGGCUCUGGAAUAAAUAUUUACACUUUCGUCCGAGUUUCUAAGUUUUAGAGGACGAAAGUUUUGAAAAGAAUUUUGUUUCAAUUGAAUACUCACACGAAGUAAAAUGAUACUUAGAGCCUCAAGAAUACUUACUCAACGACUAAAUUUCAAUGCUAAACAAGUGAUUCCUAAGCGUAAUAGCGGUUUUGAAGCGUGGGUUUAUCGAUCCAAACCAGUAGCUCCUCCAAGGCAUAGAUUUUGGAUUGCUGAUGGAUUUAAUGCUUUCAUGUGGUGGUGGAUUUUUGUCCAUUGUUAUUAUGAUUGGGGACACAUUGUGGGUGAAUUUGAAUAUCCUAAACCGCACAAAUGGACUGAUGCUGAAUUGGGAGUAGUAGAAGAAUUAUAAGCAUAACAUUAUGUAAAUACAAAAUCUGUGUACUUGAAAAGUGUUUUUCUUUUUUGAAAUUAGUGAAAUAAAUAAAUCUUAUCCGCUUUAA